AAAAAAAAAAAAAACAACUGAAUACUCCUUUAAAGAAAUGGCCCAAUGAGGGACGUUUAGUGUGAAACAAGUCACUCCUGUAUGUGAAUGCACCUGCUGUACUCCUACACUAAAUGGAGUUAAUAAAGCUACACAUCAUGUUUUAAGCUUCUCCCUUGAAACUACGUCAUGCCUGUAUCCGAACUUUUAAUGGAUUUCAUAAAGCUAAACAUUUUAUGUUCCCUACAGAAUGCUGGACACCUUUUUCUCUUCUGUGAUGAUGGUGAAUCAGACUAUAUAAAUAAGUAGAUCGCAGUUAUCACUGAGCAGUGCUUUGCCUAUGCAUAGCAAUGAACAGUAAUAGCAAUCCAAAGACUGCAAUAAAUAGUCCCUUAUGGGAUUUAAAAAGUGUAAAAUAAAUAGUAGAAAAAAAAUUCAAAAAAUGUGAUUUAGCCCCUCCCCCUUAAAAACUGGGGAUGCUUGUGUGGUGUCCCAAACUCCUGUACCCUUGCUCCCUGCAUCUGUUCCCAUUGUACAGUUAUUAUUAUGCUAUGUAAUGUAUAUCAAAUGUUGUAGCUUUAAGAUCAGUUGUCAUGUGGUUAAACAUGUCAUGUGAUUAUAACCCAGUGAGGUGUCAGUGACCAUGUGACCUCACCUGAGUCUCCCCUAUAUAAGCCCUGAGAGGAGUCUCUUCAGUCUCUUGGAGAUCUGCUCUCUUUGGAGACUAUAAGGGGGAGAUUCAUCAAAACCUGCCCAGAGGAAAUGUCGCCCAUAGCAACCAAUCAGCUUCCUUCUUUCAUUUUUAACAAGGCCUCUGUAAAAUGAAAGAAGUGAUCUGAUUAGUUGCUAUGGGCAACUGAGCCACUUUUCCUUUGGCCAGGUUUUGAUGAAUCUCCCCCUAAGUCUUUGCUGAACCACAGUGCAGUCAAGUCCAUGGUGUGUGUCUGGAGUCCAGAGGGGGCCAAAAUUCUACUACCCCCAGGUGUCAGUCAGAGCUGCAAAAACAUUCUUCUCCUCUUGAUUGGCCUAUUGAGAAUGGACAAGGACAGUAAACAUAUGGCUGAGAGAAUAUUAAACCUCACCCUAAAGAUCAUCUACCUGCUGACCGGAGAGGAUUACAUAGUCAUGAAGAAGAUAAGUGAUGAAGAUAAAGCAUAUGGCGAUGACCAGGUUUCUUUCACGUUGUCUCCUCCUCACUCACGGAUUCAUGAGAAAAACAAUUUUCAUGAGAUCCUGGAAUUCACCAACAAGAUCACAGAGCUGCUGACUGGAGAGGUUCCUGUAAGAUAUGAGGAUGUCACAGUUUUUUUCUCCAAGGAGGAGUGGGAGUAUGUAGAAGGACACCAUGAUCAUUAUAAAGACAUAAUAAUGGCAAACCACCAGACUACAUCACAAAAUGAAUCCACUAAGGAAGAAACCCCAGAGGAACUUCCCAGUCUUCUGUUUCUCAAGGAUUAUCCAGAGGGAAAUCAGACUAUCCCACAGGAGGAUCAGGUUAUGAAUCUGCGUGAUAUCAAAGUUGAAGUUGUAACAGAAGUCGAGACAUAUGCGGAGAUAACCCAGCUGUAUGAGGGGGAGGAAGUUUCUACUGAUAUAAGCGCCGAAGGCUCUAGUAAGAGAAAUCCACUAGAGGGAAGUCCCAGGCCAUUGCAUUCCCAGGAUAAUUCAGAAGAUAUUCCAAAUGUUCCACAGAAUUAUCAGGUUAAACAAUUAUCUGAUUUCAAAGAUGACGUUUUAACAGAUGAAGAAGAGACGUAUACCAUUGUAACCAAGUGUAAGGAGGAGGAAAUUCCUAGAGAUAUGAACAGCGAAAGAAGAAAAUGCAGAUUUUUUCUAAAAGCUAGUUUUCCCAUCUGGCAGGAACAAACACCAGCAAGGAAGGAUGACUUUGCAGAACAUCUCAAUUUAGCUCAAGAUUAUCAAGUAAAAUAUAACAGUAUCAUAGAAGACAAUCAUGGAGAACAUUCCAGGACACUCCUUACAACAAAUAUACCCUCAUUCAUUCACAUUAGAGGGCCAUCUGCUGAUCUCACCAAUCAGGAGGAACCUUCACCUGGACAGUACCAGAGUGUUGAUCAAACUACAGGAGAAGCAGGGCGUAAAGUAUUUCCAUGUGCUGAAUGUGGGAAACAUUUUUCAAAGAAAUCUAAUCUUUCUAUGCAUGAAAGAAUACACAGAGAUGAGAGGCCAUUCUCAUGUUCAGAAUGUGGAAAAAGUUUUCGCCAGAAAUCAGUUCUUUUUAAACAUCAAAGAAGGCACAGAGGGGAGGAGCCAUUUUCAUGUUCAGAAUGUGAUAGAGGUUUUCAACAGAAAUCAGAUCUUAUUGUGCAUCAGAGAACACACACAGGGGAGAAGCCAUUUUCUUGUCCAGAAUGUGGGAAAUGUUUUAUGCAAAAAUCAGUCCUUGUUACACAUCAGAAAAUUCACUCAGGCGUUAAGCCAUUUUCAUGUUUGGAAUGUGGCAAAUGUUUUACCCGAAAACAAGAUCUUUUUAAACAUCAGAUAACUCACACAGGGAUGAAGCCAUUUUCAUGCUCAGAAUGUGGCAAAUGUUUCACAACAAAGUCGAAUCUUGUUGAGCAUCAAAAAACUCACACAGGGGUAAAGCCUUUUUCAUGUCCAGAAUGUGGGAAAUGUUUUAUCCAAAAAUCAGAUGUUGUUAAACAUCAGAAAUGUCACACAGGGGAGAAACCUUAUUCUUGUUCUGAAUGCGGGAAAUGUUUUGCAAGGAAAUCAUGUCUUAUUGAACAUCAAAGAACUCAUACAGGGGAAAAACCAUUUUCAUGCCCAGAAUGUGGGAAAUGUUUUAGCCAUAAGUCAGCUGCAGUUAAACAUCAGGUAAUCCAUACUGGGGAGAAGCCAUUUUCAUGUCUGCAGUGUGGAAAAUACUUUGCUAAGAAAUCCCACCUUAUUGAACAUAGUUUAACUCACACAGGGGAGGAGCUAUUUUCAUGUUCAGAAUGUGGGAAAUCUUUUAGCCAGAAGUCAUGUCUUGAUGUACAUCAGAGAACUCACAGUGAGAAACCAUUUUUAUGUUCAGAGUGUGGGAAAAGCUUCACAAGAAAAUCAAGUCUAAUGGAACAUUUAAGAAGCCACACAGGGGAGAAGCCAUUUUCAUGUUCAGACUGUGGGAAAUGUUUUAGCCAAAAGUCUGAUCUUGUUAAACAUUACAGAACUCAUACAGGGGAGAAACCAUUUUCAUGUACAGCAUGUGGAAAAUAUUUUAGACAGAAAUCUGUCCUAGUUAAUCAUCAGUUGAUACAUACAGGGGAGAAGCCAUUUUCAUGUUCGGAAUGUGGAAAAUGUUAUAGCCAUAGAGCAGCUCUUGCCCAGCAUAAGAAGCGAAGCCAUUUUAAAGUUCAGACUGUAGUAGAUGUUUUACCUAGUUUUAGUGAUAUAGUAAUUCAGGAAAAUAAUUUUGAUUGAAUUAGCUUUUUUUUAUUUGCUUAAAGCUUCGAGUAAAGCUGAGCCACCAAAGAGAACCAGGCUCCUGAGAAUACAUGCUAUAUUCCACGUUGUCUGUUGGGACUAUCUGUCCCGUAAGGGGGAAAUAUGUACCUAAUAUGUAUUAGGUAGAAGUAUGUUGAUGAACAACCAUUGUACAAAUGAUUGCCUGUUGAAUUUUUUAAGGAGAAAUUGUUCCCAUAAAUUUGAUGACUCCUUUUUAGAUGGUUACAGCCUGUCAUUGCUCGUCUAGAACAAUUGUUCAUUGUUCAGGUUUUGCGACAAAUAUCAACUUUGGUCUAUUGUAUAUAGGCACCUUUAGUCUCAUUGGGGGAGAUUUAUCAAAACCUGUCCAGAGGAAGAGUUGCUGAG